UUAGUAUAAGAAUUAAGUUUUUUGGAUUUUUUUUAGAAAAAUAAGAAUUAAAGGUGGAGUUGUUAAGAAAUUGACGUGUCUAUUUGUAUGUUUUUAAAGGAUUUUUUUAAUUUAUGUGGAAAAUAAAAUUUAUAAUAUUUUGGAUACUUGGAAUAUCGUUGUUGUAUGGGGUCGAAGGGAUUCCAAUUCUUGGGUUUCCUGUUAAUUCUCAAGUGCCACCUGUGGCACGAGUUUCUCAGCCAUUUCUUUAUAAAUUUGCGGGAAAUACGUUUUAUAAUAUUCAAGGAUCUGUUAGAUAUUCGGUAGAUAGGUUACCUUCAUGGUUACAUUUUAAUCCUCAAGAACGAACGUUUUUUGGGACACCUUCAAGAAGUGAUAUGGGAGCAAUUAAAUUUGAUUUAAUUGCAACGGAUUCUACAGGAUCAGCAAAAAAUCCGGUAACGUUUGUUGUGGUGGAUUUUCCGGCGCCAACUCUUAAAAUUCCUUUGGUUCAACAGUUAAGAAUGCAUGGUACAAUUGAUUUGAAUGGAGCAUUUGUUGUUUUACCGAAUCAAGCAUUUAGUUUUAUUUUAGAUAAGAAUACAUUUGAUGCGCGUAAUACUAGAAUAAUGACAUAUUAUUGUGUUUCUGGUGAUAAUACACCAUUGCCCUCUUGGGUUAAAUUUGAUCCUAAAACUCUUAAAAUAUGGGGAAUUGCGCCAUCUAUUCAAUCUAAAGGAGUGCCUCCUUUGUAUUUUUGGUUUAAUGUGAUUGCAGCAGAUGUUCUUGGGUUUUCUGGAGGUGUAGCAUCUUUUGGUAUAGUUGUUAGUUUACAUCAUUUGCAAUUGGGACGAUCUUAUUAUUCAAUAACAGCUGUAGUUGGGCGUUCAUUUGUAUUUCCAUUUCCAGCUAAUUCAUUGACAAAAGGAGGUGUUCCAAUUUCGUCAUCAGAGGCUUCGCGUUUUAAGUAUAGCAUAUCUACAUCAUCUUGGUUAUCCUAUAAUAAGAAUAAUUUGGCUCUUGUAGGAACUCCUAGUUCAAUGGAAUCGCCGCAGAAUGUUAUUGUUGUGAUUAUGGAUGGAACCUAUGGAAUUACAGUUUUUAUUCGAGUAAAUAUUGGUGAUCAUGAAAUUUUGCCAAGAAUUUUGCAGGGACCCUUGCAAGAAUCCCUUUCUCGUUGUGCCAGUGGCGAUCCUUCAUGUUCUCCAGUGAGUGUAGAAAUGGCUUCUAAAAAUACAAAUGUAGCUCCUAAAGUCUCAACAUUACCAAAUAUAAAUGCAAUAUCUGGGAAGUUUUUUUCAUAUAGAAUUGGUGAUCCUUCUUCUCUUUCUAGUAAUGAUAGAGUCGAAUUACAAUAUAGUCCAAGUGAUGCUUCAAAAUGGUUAAAUUUUAAUAGGGAUACUAUGAGAAUUAGUGGUGUCCCUUCAGAUGAAGGCACUGUGAAUGUGAAAAUUCAUACUGUUUAUGGAUCUGGUCGUUCUCGUGAUCAAUAUUUUUCAAUUUAUAUUAAUAAAGGUGAUGAAGAAAAUACAAAUAAGAAAGAUUUAAAAUGGUUUAUUGUUGGAGCAGUUGCUUUUGUUUUUCUUUUUAUUCUUUUUCUUAUUUUAUUUUGUUGUAUACGAAGAUCUAAGAGACGACGUUCUUCUACUGAUCAUAGGUAUAUUUCUCGUCCAAUUCCACCGGAUUCUCGGUAUGGGCAAUGGCCUACUAUGGAUGAAAAAACGUGGGAUGAGCCUCACAGACUUUCGGCAUUUAAUAUUUUCAAAUCGACAAGUGCAAAUGGUCUCUCUGGAUUUGUUGCUGAAGUUAAAGAAGCACCAGAUAAUACAAAAUCUUUAGAUUCAAAUAAAAAAUAUCGUAAAACAGAUGUUACUUCUCCUUAUUCAAUUCACGUGCUUCCUAUCAAAGAUGAGCCUAUUAAAAAGUCUACUGUUUUUGUCUCAAAGGGAAAUAUGCAUCCUGCUUCUAAUAACUCUGAUGUUUCGUCAUUUUUGCCUAUGGGGCCCCCAGGAUAUGGGCAACCACAUCGGUCAUGGCGUCGAACGACUCAGGGUAGUUUUUUUUGGCCUUCUAGUAGUACAUAUGAUGAAUCAGUUAUGGCUUCAGGUUUUAAAGAUUCACAAGCAAAUGAGCCAUAUACCGUGAGAUUGGUAAAUGACUCUAUAACUCAUUCAGAUGAAUCUUCUGGCGUAAUAAGUAAUGCGAUAACUUCAAGUACAUCUCAUAAUUCUUCAAAUGAUUUAUCAAGAAAGACUAGUGAUAGUAAAAUAACUCUUGGAUCUUAUUCUGAGGAUUCAAUAAUAUCGAAGGCUAGCAUAAGUCAAAAUAGAGAAGAUAAUGAUACACAUCGUCUCAGAAAAAAUGAUACAUAUUCAAGGGUUCGUCCAUGGUCUGCACAUUUAAGUGAAAGAGAUUCAAUUGAUAGUCUAAGUUUGAUGAGUAGUGAACAUUCUAGGAAUGAAUUUCUAUGUGAUGAGGCUGAUAAUCCAUAUUCAAGUUAUUUCGGUGAUCACAACAAACGUUCUCAACCUAUAAGAGGUAUUUCUGGUUCUGAUCCUCUUCAAUUUCAUAUUCCAACAAGACUAUCUACAUCUUUACACACUUCUAUACAAUCUUCCUCAAAAUCCGAAAUCUCUUCCUCCAUUCCUAAUAGGAAAACUCCCAUAUUAAUUAAGCCAACUAUGGUUGAUCGUCCAAAAUUAUUCGAGUAUUCUCGCUCUAAUCGAACAAAUACUCAUUCACAUAUUCCUUCCCGUGAUUUAUCUUCUAAAAUCGCUUUUGUAUAA